GGACGGCCACCCGGCGGCGUGUCUGACGCCGCACGCAACGUAAGGGCAAACGGGGUUGCCCUGCGUUGGUUUCUUCCCUCCUCGGGCAGGCUGAGCAAGCGAAAACCCUGAAACUUGGAAUCGGAACCUGGACUCUGGCAACCUCCUUCUGGGAUAGAUUAACAAAGGCCCCAGACUUUCCAGACAGAAGUCCUUUCAGUAAGCGAUGACGCUGGCCCUGCGUCAGGAAGCUCUUGGCCUUUACCGCAAGAUAUUCCGAAUAGCCAAAAAAUGGCAGUCCGCAUCCGGACAGAUGGAAGAGACCACGAAAGAAAAACAGUAUAUUAUCAAUGAGGCGAAAACGUUGUUCCGAAAGAACAAGGACUUAACAGACCCUGAGCAGAUUAAACAAUGUCUAGAAGAGUGCAAGGCCAGGAUUGAGAUAGGACUGCAUUAUCAGAUCCCUUAUCCAAGGCCGAUUCAUCUGCCGCCCAUGGGUCUUGCGCACCAGCAAGGCCGCGCGCUGCGACACCAGGAAAAGCUGAGGAAAAUUUCCAAGCCUGUCUACUUGAAAUCUCAUGAUGAAAUAUCGUAAGACUGGGGCCUGUUGUCCCCCGGGACUGCCUGGCAAACGGGUUUCAGGCCAGCAAGCAUCAAUGAAACUGGUGGGGUCGGCACUCACUCCCUCUUUCCCAGAGGUCAGAUUUCCAUCUGAUCCUAGCAGGAGAUGUGGGGCGGCUGUAUUCGAGCAUGCAUCUCUCUGUCAAGACUCAACACAAAUGCGUCGUCAAUAAAAGCGAGAAGCUUUCCGGUCAAGUAAGAGGUGAUACAAAUACAGAACCUGUUAUGUCUGAUUGCUGAAGAUCACUGGGUGUGCACAAGGGUACCGGCUGCUGAGUGCUUCAGAAAGCCAGUACGAUGCCAUGGCUAACGUGUCCAAUUGGGGCAAGAGAGGACUGGGUUCAAAUCUGUGUGGCUAUGAAACUCACUGGAUGA